UCCUUCACGGGCCAGAGCGCCCACCGCUCCUUCCAGGGCCGAGGCCGGGCUGCGGUCGGCUGCGGGGUGCGAGGUGGGGCCGAGUCAGAGAUCCAGUCCCAGCCCCAGUCACAAGGCGCAAGUCUAGGCAAGGGUGGGGAAUCCCUGUCCCCGCGUCAGGGAGGCCCCUCGCCAGCUCCCGAGCAGGAGUCGAUCUUCGCAAGGCGGCUCUGUCCGUGUUGCCAGAAAUGAAUGGGGGUGGGGCGGCCCGGGAGCUCCAGGUGCUCCGAGCGCUUGGGCAGGACUCGGCCAGCCCCGCCUCCAGUGCCCGGAGCAGGUGUCUCAGACCCUCGAGGCCCCGCAUUCCACUCCUUCCGCCUUAACCCGGCCGUCCCUUUGAUCCCGGGCCCGGGGUCACGGGCCCCUCCCCCGUUGGGAGGUUAAGGGAAGGAGAUGGGGCCUCAGAGCUGGAAGAGGGGGAUGGGCUCAGGGCAGGUGGCGGGGACCGUGGCUUCCUGGGUGGCUGCCCCUGCUCCCUCCAGCCAUCCUGGGGGUUCCCCGGGUUCCUCCCGGGCUUUGGGGGGGGAGCGUCGGCUGCCGGGGCGGAGGGCGGGGCCAGCCACCCCACAACCCCCGGGGUCUCCCCGCCCCUUUGGGCUCAGCCGAGCGGAGGUGAAACCUGAACCCAGGUUGGGGGCGGGGCUGGCUCCUGCUCUGGACGGGCCUGGCCUGCGCCUCCACCCCCUUCCCCUGCACCCCGGCCGCCUUCUGGAAGAGGAAGGUCGGGGUUCCCGAGCCGCUGGAGCAGGUGAGGUGGCGACUGAGAGCGAGACGGAAGACCAGGCGGCCGUCGGGCCUCGUCGCCCAAGGCUGAUCCUCCUGCCUCCCUCCCCGAUCCUCAGGGACCGCGAUGGAGCCCACAGCCCGGGGUCGCGCUCCGCCCUGAGCGCCCCUGCCGGCAGCUAUGCUGCCCCGAGGGCGCCCCCGGGCACUGGGGGCCGCGGCGCUGCUGCUCCUGCUGCUUCUGAUCGGAUUCCUCCUGUUCGGCGGGGACUUGGAGUGUGAGCGCGGCGAGAGCGGAGGCGAGCGGAGGGGCCCGGGAUCCUUCCCCUGCCCGCUGACGCCACGUGUCUCUGCAGACUGGCGGCCGCCGGGUGCUGGUGCCCUAGACGGAGACCCGUCUGCGGACCGCGGGGGCCACAACCACUCGGACUGCGUCCCGCCGCCGCCGCUGCGGAGGUGCGAGCUAUUGCACGUGGCCAUCGUGUGUGCGGGACACAACUCCAGCCGAGACCUCGUCACCCUGGUGAAGUCUGUGCUCUUCUACAGGAAAAAUCCGCUGCACUUCCAUCUGGUGACUGAUGCCGUGGCCAGGAACAUUCUGGAGAUGCUCUUCUACACGUGGAUGGUGCCCGCUGUCCGGGUCAGCUUCUAUGACGCAGAGGAGCUCAAGCCCCAGGUCUCCUGGAUCCCCAACAAGCACUACUCUGGCCUGUACGGCCUCAUGAAGCUAGUGCUGCCUGCUGCCCUGCCCCCUGACCUGGCCCGUGUCAUUGUCCUGGACACAGAUGUCACCUUCGCCUCUGAUAUCGCAGAGCUCUGGGCACUCUUUGCUCACUUUUCUGAUGAGCAGGUGAUCGGUCUUGUGGAGAAUCAGAGCGACUGGUACCUGGGCAACCUCUGGAGGAACCACAGGCCCUGGCCUGCCUUGGGCAGGGGAUUUAACACAGGUGUGAUCCUCCUGCAGCUGGACCGGCUCCGGCAGGCUGGCUGGGGGCAGAUGUGGAAGCUGACGGCCACACGGGAGCUCCUCACCCUGCCGGCCACCUCACUGGCGGACCAGGACAUCUUCAAUGCCGUAAUCAAGGAACACCCAGGGUUGGUGCAGCCCUUGCCCUGCAUCUGGAACGUUCAGCUGUCAGACCACACGCUGGCUGAGCGCUGCUACUCGGAGGCGUCUGAUCUCAAGGUAAUCCACUGGAACUCACCCAAGAAACUUCGCGUGAAGAAUAAGCACGUGGGAUACUUCCGCAACCUCCACCUGACCUUCCUGGGGUAUGACGGCAACCUCUUGCGGAGAGAGCUCUUCGGCUGCCCCAGUCCACCCCCUUCCGGGGCCGAGCAGGUGCAGAGGGCCCUGGCGCACCUGGACGAGGAAGAUGCCUGCUUCGAGUUCCGGCAGCAGCAGCUCACUGUGCACCGCGUGCACCUGACCUUCCUGCCCCAUGAGCCACCGUCCCCCCGGCCCCACGACGUCACGCUGGUGGCCCAGCUCUCUAUGGACCGGCUGCAGAUGCUGGAAGCCCUGUGCAGGCACUGGCCGGGCCCCAUGAGCCUGGCCUUAUACCUCACAGACGCAGAGGCCCAGCAGUUCCUGCGUUUCGUUGAGGCCUCGGCAGUGCUCUCUGCCCGGCAGAACGUGGCCUACCACGUGGUAUACCGCGAGGGUCCCCUCUACCCUGUCAACCAGCUGCGGAACGUGGCAUUGGCCCAGUCCCUCACGCCUUACGUCUUUCUCAGCGACAUUGACUUCCUGCCUGCCUAUUCCCUCUACGACUACCUCAGGGCCUCCAUCGAGCAGCUGAAGCUGGGCAGCGAGCGGAAAGCGGCCCUGGUGGUGCCAGCGUUCGAGACCCUGCACUACCGCUUCCGCUUCCCCAGUUCCAAGGCUGAGCUGCUGGCCUUGCUGGACUCCGGCUCUCUCUACACCUUCAGGUACCAUGAGUGGCCCCGGGGUCACGCGCCCACAGACUAUGCCCGCUGGCGGGAGGCUCAGACCCCAUACCGCGUACAGUGGGCCGCUGACUACGAGCCCUAUGUGGUGGUGCCUCGUGAUUGUCCCCGCUAUGACCCCCGAUUCGUAGGCUUUGGCUGGAACAAGGUGGCCCACAUCGUGGAGCUGGAUGCACAGGAAUACGAGCUCCUGGUGCUGCCCGAGGCCUUCACCAUCCAUCUGCCGCAUGCCCCAAGCCUUGACAUCUCUCGCUUCCGCUCCAGCCCCACCUAUCGUGAUUGCCUCCAGGUCCUCAAGGAGGAGUUCCACCAGGACUUGUCCCGUCACUACGGGGCUGCUGCCCUCAAAUACCUCACCGCCCUGCAGCCACCCCAAGGCCCCGCCUGACCUCCCCGAGGCUGGCCCUCCAUGGCUCACCCCUGCGCUUCCCCUUGGCUCUCAAGGGCUCCCUGUAGACACUGGAGCAACCCAGCCACCCUCCCUACCCCCCCCCCCCCCGCUACUUAAAUUAUUGAAGGUCUCAGUGGA